AGUUUGUCUUGGUCUUUCGUUGUGAUUAAAACGGCAAAUUUGCUGGUACAUUGUUUUUUUUGACAAAAAAAAAAAAAAAACGUCAAAACUGUUUACUAUACAAACGUUAAAAUUAUUCUUUAUAUUAAAAUAGCAACAAAUCUCUACACUUUUGUGCUCUUACUCUCUGUGGUUAACUGUCAUAUACAUACUCUCACUGAGCAUUGUAUUAAAGAAAGGAAACAAGCAAGAAAACAUAAUAACCGUUAACUCUGACACUCUGUAUGUGUAUUUGGAAGUGUGUCUGUGUGUGUGAAGGGAAACGCAACUACAGCCAACUUCAGUUACAUUUAGAAUCUAUAGAACUGUCAACAUAAACGCAUAAAGACAACUAACUUGUUUAAACGUCUUUGCGGUAUAGUAGAGAAAAAAAAACGUGUAAAAGCAAAAAAAAAUUAUAUAUAUUUCCAAAAUUAAAUUAAUUUAUAAAAAAACCAUAAGAGUUUUUUUUUAAGAAAAAAAUUUCAAAAGAAAAAACGAAAAUUUAAAACGUCUUACUUUUUCUACGUAAAAAAAACCAUCCAAAAAGUUUACAAUAAUAAUUAUACAAGAAUCUUUUUUUAAAAAAUUUUCUUAAAUAAAAAAAAACCCCAAAAAAAAAAGAAAUUGUGUAGUUUGUUUUUUGAAACCAGACACCGCCCUUUUAAAGAUUAUUAAUUUAAAUUAAUAAUAUAUAAACCAAUUUUCCUUUUUCAAAAAUCAAUCAGAAAAAGCUUAAAAAAGAAACAUAUCGCUUGACAUACAAUCCUCUUAAGUGUUUUUUAUAAAAAAAAAAUUCUCCAAAAAACCAGCGUGUUAAAAAAAAAAAGUGUUUUUGCAGUCGCUAGCACCAGAGUUGGAAAAUCGUAAAUAAUCUUAGUUAUUUUUGAAACAAAACACGUUUAAAAUCAAUAAAUUUUAAUCAUCAUGUUGAUUGGAUUAGUACGCGAUUCUGUAAUGCAGUGCUUCUGCCAUACAUGCCGGGCUCCCAUUUUGCCAGCUGUAUCAAGGAGACAGGCACCAAUUAAGAAAGCCAAUAAAAUACGUUCAAAACAACCAAGGUUAUCGAAGAAAGUCAAAUUCAUAACCACUGAAAUCCGCUGCCAGGAAAAAUCUCGUGGUGGUUUGAGUUAUGAAGUAAUUUUGGCUGAGCCAGCUCCUAAUGUAGCCGUACCCAAAAAACCCGUUACACCCGGCAAAAAUGUAUCAGUCGAAGAAAUUGAGCAAAAAUUAAAAGCCGCCGAAGAAAGACGUAUUUCUUUGGAACAAAAGAAAAUGGCUGAUUUAUCUUAUAAAUUGGCUAAAAUCGAAGAAGCUACACGCAAAAAAGAUGAAAUUACCAAUGAAUUCAUUAAUCAAACUAAGGAACAAUUGGAAUCGAAAAUGGAACAACAUGUUGAGAAACGUGAAGCUAUCAUUAGUGACUUGAAAGAAAAGUUGAAGAUUCACUCUCAAGAAAUUGAAAAAACUCGAGAACAAUUGGAACAACAGAAAUACAUUGAAAAGAUUGCUAUUGAGGAGAAAUUAAAAUCUGCUCAAACUUUGCGUGAUGAAAAUAUCAAGAAAAUGUUGGAACGUCUAAAGGAACAUAACACUGUCAAAAUUGCUGAAAUCAAAAAUCAAAUUGAUCAAUUGGAAUCACAAAAAAUCGAGGAGAAGGCCCGCAUUAUUGAAAAUAAAUUAUAUACCGCUGAACAAAAUCGUGAAAAGGAGAUACAAAAGAAAAUUGAAAAAGUUCAUAAACUCGAACGUCGUGCUGAAUUGGUACGUCAAAACAAGGCUGCCGCCCAGCCACAACAAUUGAGCGAGGACAACAAUACAGCCAUUGCCUCAUCCGGCUAGAAGAUGAACUAAUAAAACGUAUGCAGAGAAGAAACAGUUAUAAAAGAAAGAAAGAUUUUACGAUUAUUUAAACAAACAAACAAAAACAUAAAACAGCACUACGAAAACUGCUUCAAAAAAUAAACAAGAAAAUAUUAAAAUUAAAAAAAAAAAAUUAGAAAACUUUUUUUUUUUUUUUGAAAACUUAUAAAAGUUUCAACAACAACAUUUAACUGCUAAAAACCGUUUAAUUAAAAAAAAAA